GUUCCCACCAGCCAACCUACUCGUCUUUUUUCAUUCAUGAACCCUUUGGCCAUGGAAAUAUGGUUGUACGUACUUGCUGCUUAUGUACUUGUUUCGUUUACUUUAUUCGUGAUGGCCCGUUUUUCACCAUAUGAAUGGAAUAAUCCGCAUCCUUGCAUGAAAGAGUCCGAUAUUGUGGAGAAUCAAUUUUCAAUAUCGAAUAGCUUCUGGUUUAUAACGGGUACCUUUUUGCGACAAGGUUCCGGUUUGAAUCCCAAGCACGAAAAUCUAGCAACAACCACGUAGCGAGGAGGCCUCCUACGCGUCGU